AAAUCUAAUAUAUUAACAUUUGUAACUACUCAACAGACAGCUAUAUCUGUACUGAACGACCAAUUACCAUGAUUAUGUGCACAUGUAUUUAUCAAUGAUCAUCAAUAGAUAAGCAUAACAGAUAUAGUGUGGUGAAUCAUUUAAAGUUUUUCAUUAUAAAGAAAACUGUCAUCUUUCAAGCGGAAACUAUAAACAUCCGGAUUUUUUUGUUUGGACAUUCCAGUUCAGUAAGAGACAAUUGAGAUGGCUUGGCGGGGUCUAUGGCAACUGACUAUGGGAGAAUCACCGGAAUUAGAAGACUUUCUUAGUCCAGUCGUAGGAAGUUUGGUUUAUUUCAUUGUAACCAUGGGUACAGGAGUUAUAUUCCGUGUUUUGAAUAAACAGUUCUCUCCUGCAUGGUGCCAACAAUACAUCGCUGAUUUUUCAGCCACUUUGGAAAUGUGUGCUUACUUCUUCGAAAAUAACUUUAUAAUGAAGCACUAUGGUGCCAUAUGGUUAUUCAUUGCGGUUGUUCUCCAGUGCUUGGUAGCAAACAGAACAUAUUUCGGUGCUUCGGAGAAUCCAGUUAAAUCGUUCUACGAUUUAUGUACAUAUAAAAUAAGCACAAAAACUGCUAUUGCUAAGAUAUUAGUACAGACUUUAGCUGGUGCUACGUCGUAUUAUUUCGCCAGAAUGGUUUGGGCUUUAGAUCUUGUAGAGGAUCACCGUGAGAGGUAUUUAGAAACAGUCUGUGAUACAGAUCUUUCUGUUGCCUUGACCGUGGGCCUGACCGUUGAACUUGGCGCCACUUUGAUUGACACAUGGUUGGGUUUGCAGACCCUGGUUCCACAAUCAUUCAUCGACGAAGUCCUGAAGUGUUCUAAUGGUGCAUUCAUGAUUGUCAUGGGAAUGCACUUAACCGGAAUGUAUUUUAACCCAGCCAUGGCGUUUGGUCACAUGUUUGGUUGUAGAGGAACCUCAGCAUGGGAACAUUUCAUAGUGUAUUGGAUUGGACCAUUCAUUGGUUGUUAUAUGGCUCUCGUCUUUGAUAAUAAACUACAUAUCGAUGUAACGAAGUCAAAGAUGGAUGCUGAAAAAAAGGAGAAAUGAUCGAUUUCAUUCUCAAAGUUUCUCGAGUUUAUCUUUCGAGUACAAGAGGUUACUUACCUGUUUUGUAGUGCUUUAUUCUGAUGUUAUCUUUUAAGAAUCAACGUUUUUCCUUGGCUCAAAUUUAUCGUCAAAUCUAAAGUUGCCGGUGACAUUCCUUGCCAUGACGUUAAUGCGCCAAAACAAUUGAUGAAAUUUCGCGGAAUUUAAUUUAUCUAAAAUUUAUACAUUUUUACAACUUCUUAAUUAUAUACUAUUUCGUAAUGUGAAAUAUUAUAAAAGGGAUAACAUUUACAGUACUGUUGUUGAAGACUUGUCCAAGAUCUAUAAGAAACUGUCUGUCCAUCAACAAUGACAGUAUACUUUUGUUCCAAGCCAAAAAUCGAUGGUUCAUUUAUCUUGUUCCCGACUAGGGAUUUCCAUUGAUAAUACCAUUAAACAUUUUUCUCCAGGCCUGGUGCCCAUUAUUAGUAUUUGUUUACACUAGUACCAGGCCUGGUGCUCAAUCAUAAUUUUAACACUUAACACUUGUAUAAGACCCGUGUUCUCUUUGAUUAAUAUUAACAGUUGCUCAAGGCCUGAAUGUCCAUUAGUAAAUUAAUUAGCAUUUAGCACUGGUCCCAGACCCUUGUGCCCAUUAUAGUAGUUUUUUACUCUAGUUCCAGGUCGGGGUACGAAUAAUAAUUGUCAUUUAACACUUGUCAAUGGCAUGAGUCAACCCAUUGAUAAUUAACAUUUAACAUUUGUCUUAGGCCUGAGUGCCUAUUAAUAUUGAAAAUUAGUACUUGUCCUAGGCCUAGGUAUCCAUUUAACAAUAUAGCUUUAAACUAUUCCCUAGCCCAGGGUACACAUAUUUAGUCCCAUUAAAUACUAGUCCUAGGCAAGGAAGUUAAUUGAUAUUUUUAAAUACAGCAAUAUGAUGGUGCAAUCCAUAUAUAUUAUAUUUGUUUUGUUAAGAUGUGAGAAACUUGUUUGAAAUGUGCAAACCUUGUUUAUAU